AUGGAAAACCCUGAAGCAGACACAGAAUGGAAUGAUAUUUUACGUGCUCGUGGUAUACUUCCACCAAAAUCAGGACCAACAGAAGAAGAAAUAUUUGAGGAACUUGAUAAAGAAAUUCGAGAUAAACAUGAUAAACAUUUAGAAGAUAAAAGUCUAGAGGAACUUGAUGAAUUGGAAGAUGAAGAAGACGAAAGAAUUUUAAUGGAAUACCGUAAGAAGAGAAUAGCUGAAAUGAAAGCUGAAGCAAUUCGUGGAAAAUUUGGACAAGUUAUACAAAUUUCUAAAACAGAUUUUGUUAAAGAGGUCACAGAAACUAGUAAAGAAGCACCAGUUGUUGUACAUUUAUUUAAAGAUCCGAUUGUAGAAUGUAAAUUAUUAAAUAAAUAUUUAAAUGAUUUGGCAAUAAAAUAUAAAUCAACCAAAUUUGUAAAAAUAAUUGGAGAUCAAUGCAUACCGAAUUAUCCUGAUAAAAAUCUACCUACUUUAUUAAUUUAUCAUAAUGGAGAUUUAGCACAACAGUUGGUUGGAUUAUCAACAUUAGGUGGUAUUAAUAUGAAAUUAGAAGAAUUAGGAAAAAUAAAGAAUGAGUUAAACCAAUCUGAAGCUCAACAAAUAAAAUAUAUUAAUGCCAUAGAAGAAUAUCAACGAAGAAUAGAUGAUGAAAAAUUACACAAAAACAGAACCAACACCAUGCAAAUCUUUUGUGAGAAUUGGAAAAAAUAA